GCUGGGGGAGUAGUUUUGAAAUGGAAACAAGCCCCGGUUUGUCCCUUCGAGGUUUUAGUCAGUAAAUAAAUCCAUAAUGCCACUUUAAUUUUAAAUGUAUGAGAAUAAACACUGCGGCAGCCUUCGUAAGCGAUGAGGCAGAACGUUAAACAACUAAUUCAUCAAACAUGGGGUGACGAUAGGCUGAAAAAGCCUCGUUUUGUGAGGAAAAAUACGCUGUGAUGGACGACUCGGACCAGGAUUUUGAAGAUCUCAGCCCGAAGGUGCUAAGACGUGUCCGCAAGAAACCAGGUGAACCCAGACAAGCGAGGAAAGCAGGGAGGCAGACCUCCAGUCAAGCAGGUGAAGAGGAUAAGAGGAGGAGAAAUAACAAAAAAGCUGUUAAGUCUGUGAAAAAGCUGUCUUGGUCCCAGCCUGCUGCUGGUUUUGGUGAUGGAGGAGAAAGGUGUUUACUCACUGAAGUGGCUGGACAUGAGUCAGGGGAUGCUGGGCAAUUUGCAGAGCCUUUAAAGGCAGCAGAGCCAAGUCCUCUAAGAGCAAAAGACAAAGUGCUUCUCAGAAUGCAACAGUUCAAGAGAGAGAGUCCACAGAAGAUGAUUCACAAAACCCACAUCCAACCAGUAAACCAUGAGAACAGCUGUGCACAGCAAAACAAUCAAGAUACUCCAGAUUCCUUCAGCUCUGCUCCUCCUCCAGAGCCUCAAGACAGUGAUGAGGCUCUGGCUCUGCAGCUGCAGCAGGAGCUGGACAGAGAAGCAGCGCAGGUCCAGAUUGUGGACUUAGCGGAUGGGGGUCUUUUCUUCUGUCAGAUCUGCCACAGAGACUUGACACACAUGACGCCAGAGGGUCGCACACAGCAUCUCAAUAGGUGUUUAGAUGAGAGUGAAAAGAGUGGUCCAGCUCCUCCUCCUCCUCCUCCACCUCCACCUUCUGGUGUUCCUGAUUGUCCCAUCUGUGGUAAGAAGUUCAAGUCCCAGAUGAGCCGCUCAGUCCACUUGAAGCGCUGUUCUUCAGAUAUGGGCAUCUCUCCAGCUGUACUUGUGCAAGCUCUGCAGAGACAGGCUGAGGAAAACCAGAGUGCUACUACUGCUAACUUACUCAUUCAGGCUGUUGGCACCAAAAGGAAAGGCCCGUCCAAGCCAGGCCUCCCAGCAAGGAAGAAGUCCAGGAAGAAGCCUGAACCCUUGGAUGAAGAGACCAUGGUGGCUCUGGCUCUGUCCUCCUCCCUGCUGGAACAGGAGAAAGAGGCAGAGAGGCAGUAUCAAACAGAGACUGCUGCCCUUCACACGUCAGUGACUCAAGAGCUGAAGUGGAGGCCAGACGCAGGUAAAGGACGUAGAAAAGGGAAAAAAGGAGUCGUCGCUCGCCCUCCUCCAUUACUUCUCAUUCAGGGUGCUGAGGGGGCACUGAGGAGGUUGCAGGAGCGCGUUUCUGCUCUUCUCCUACGCAACCCACCCAACUUUCCCCCCACCCCGCCCCACAGCCCCAGCACUCUGCCUGGCUGGAGUGGUGCUGCCCCCCUCUGGGAGAAAAGUCGACUGCUUGACGGAGAUUCCGCCUGUCAGUCUGAUUUCUACGUUCCGGAGCUCCGGGAAUUCUUCACGCCCUGUGAAUCAGCAAUGACUAAUGCAGCCUCAGUAGGCUCCAGCGACAAGCCUGAGUCUUCUAUCCAACCUGUGGGCGAAGGAACCCCCGUCACUGGAUCCAGGGCCUCCAUCCUACCAUCCUCUGCCAAGACGACUCCCUGCUCUCCAGCUGCCUCCACGCCCGGCACAGGGCAGCUCUCAGUGAGCAGUCAGGCUCUGCGAGACCUGAUGGACCUGGCUGAAGAUGGCAUGACACUCACACAGUAUGGAUACACAGCCAAAGACAAUGCCAAUGAGAGCGGCUUCAUCCAGGAGGAAUCAGAGGAGCAGGGUGACCUCUGUGCCAGCGGUUUCCUGCCAGAAAGUGCCCACACGCAUGCAGAGGAAAGUCACAGCCAAACGAUGACAGCGGCUGAUCAGUCAAAAGGCAGCCACCAAUCAGUGGCGCUAUCCAGGCUGGCGUCAGACCUGACCAGCAUGGUCAACAACCCUCAGCUCAGUGAUGUCCAGCUCCAGGUGGACAGUGGAGAGGUCUUCUUUGCACAUUCCUUCAUGAUGUACGCUCGCUGCCCUCUGCUGGCAGAAAUGGUUCAUGAAAGUGGUUUUGGGGUGCAGGAGGAAGGCAUGCCUUCUGCUCAGAGGGUGAUGAUCAGUGAUGUCCCGGCCCAGGCAGUGUUCACUCUGCUGCAGUUUCUCUACACAGCCCACUGCUCCAUCCCCGCAUUGCUGCAGCCUCAUUUGCUGGAGCUGGCAGAAAGGUUUGGCCUGCAGGAGCUACAACAGAUUUGUCAGCUCCAGCUAGAGGAGUCAGCGGCUCUGGGAGGCGAAGGCGACUAUGUAAACCGGGAGGAGAACAUCGGCGACCAAACAGACCAGGCCUUCGUGGAGCUCCUCCGCUCCAUGUGGAACGAAGAUGAUGUUGAUGAUGAUGAUGAUGGGGCAGAUUCACACAGAGGAAGAAAUGAAGGGUUGGAAGAGGAUCAUCAAGCUGAUGAGGUCACAUCAGGCGAUAGAGAGAUUCGUGAGGAGCAGGUGAAUGAGGAAGAGUUGGAGGAGAUCUAUGAGUUUGCAUUCACGCAGAGAAAGAAGGAGAAGGACUCAGAGGAGGAGGAAGAGGGAGUAGAUGAGGAGGAAGAUGGAGAAGCAGCGUUCACAAAACUGACAGAAAUGAAAAGAUGCUUAAGUGACAAAAAACUGCAACCUAACUUUCAGCAUGAGCCCGACCCCAGCCUGGAUCGCAGCUACAGCCGUCUCUUUUCAGACUCAUGGGGGGUGUAUGAGGAAGCAGAGCCUUCCUCCUUAGCCUCUACCUCUGGCCUGCCAAAGAUGCACCCUUCUCAGCAGUCCUCUCAUAAACCAUCAUACAAACGUUCGGGAAGAGCCUUGCUUCAGUCCUCAGCAAGUGUAGUCAGUGACCCUUCCAUCAGCCCUUCACCUGGUACAUCCAACCUGCCGGUCCCAGGUCUGUCCCCUGGUCAAGUAGGUGACUUAGGAGGCAGUGGAGACAAUGGGAAAGUUGCUGUUGAAUUGGAAAUGCCUCUAGCUUUGAAGCGAGAAAGCCAAGGUCCUCAUAGUAUUUGUGGCCGUCAUUCUCCUGAUUCUCCUCAGAAAAAAGAGGAACCUGAGCUCAUAGUUUUGUCAGACUCCAGCGAGGAGAUUGAGGCCGAUGUUGCUAUUCUAAAUUCCUGCACCCCUUUACCACUUUCUCCCAGCUAUACAGAGAUCAAAUCCAGUCACAACCCAAUACCUAAUGAACCAGCUCUGAAGAAUAAAGAGGCCAGUAGUAUGGAGUUAAGUGCUGGUGAUCCACUAGACUGUUCUCCAGAAGUUUCCUGGCUGAUCCCAUCCACACCUGUUCGACCUGGCAGCAGCACCAGGAGCAGCUCCACUCAGACCAGAAGUAGCAUGCGCAGGACAAAGCUGUUCCAUAGAGGUGAAACAUCCCCACCAUCACCCUUUUUUUCUCCUCUCGCUUUUAAGAGCACCCUUCACCCCUCCAGCAGUCAGAUCAAGGAUUCUUCCCACACUGAACAAAGAAAGGGCAGCAUCUCCAGGCUGAAGAUGGACAGGAACUUCAGCUUUUCUCCAAAAAGUGACAAAAGUGAUGGUUCAAGUAAGGAAGGAGAAGGGUUUAAAGUUCCCCCAUCUCAACCUAAACUGUCAAAUCUCUCAAGCUCGACUCAACUCGAUUCCCUCCAAGCUUCUUCAAAGCAUGAUACCCCUCUCAAACUGCAGCCCCAACCUUAUAGCAGCACUCCCUUACAAACGGUGCUCCACCAGGCCCCUGUGCUUCUCGCUUCUUCCCUGCUUCACACUGACCCCAAUAAGCAGAAGCCAACAAAUCAGAGAAGGGAGAGGGCACCAUUGGAUAGCCCAGAGAAGUCAGAGCUCGGGAGCUUUCAUCUCUCCCCUUUGUCUGACCCUUCAGGCCCGCGCUCUUUGUCUUCUCAUGGUCUUCAAAGUUCACAGAGACACAGCAUGUUCUCUAAUCAAAGUCAACGUUCUCUUAAGUCCAGCAUUAGUAAGUCCAGAAAUGAGAAAGAAGGAAGAGAGCUGGAUUCUGAUAAUAAAGAAAUGUUCAAUGAGGGACUGUCAGAAGAAGCAAAAGGGGAAUCCAGAGAGGCAGAUGUUGAAGAAUCUAGUAUUCAGCAGAGUUUCAUGGCUAUGGAUGAGCCUCCCCUAGCUUUCAGUGACUCAUGGGGUCUCGAUGCCUGUGCAGACGCUGAUCCAGGCUGCUUCAGUCUGAGACUGGAGGACAGUGAACAACGAGAAUCAAACCAGUCAUUGACCAAUCAACCUGAAUCAUCCAGACAGAGUGUCCGGUCUUUGAACAGUCGUGGUGGUGUGACUACCCCUUCCCCACCUAAAUGUCUUCAGGCACAUGAAAGUCCCUCUAUCACUGCGCCACUACCUAAACCCAAAUUGCUGAACACACCAGAGAUUGACAACGGCCUCCUGGACUCCAAAAUAUGGGACAGCUGGCAAGAAGAAGGAGAAGAGGAACAUCUUCCGCUCUCUCAGAGGGUGAACCCCUCAAAUCAGCUUAAGACGCCGGUUUUGUCCCACAAUAAAAGGCAGCACACCUUGGUACCCAUCACUCCCAUGCCCCACUACUCUGACAUGGACACGCCUGAGCUUAAGAACAAGCUCAACAGGUUUGGUGUUCGGCCUCUACCAAAGCGUCAGAUGGUCCUAAAGCUGAAGGAGAUCCACCAUUACACACACCAGCUGGUCAGCUCAGACACUGAGGAUGAGGCCCCAUUCACAGGAGGCACAGCUCAGAUGAAGGCCCCUGCCAGCAGGCCUGUAUCCUGCGCCCAGACUGUGAGGUUUAGAGAACCCAGAGCACCUACUGAUGUGUCCCCUGUGAAGCACAACAGAGAUGAGGAGGCAGAGCCGCUGUCUAACUCACAGGACUCCAACACCUCCUCAACUGCUGCCAGUGAAGAAUCUGAAAGGUCCAAUCCAGAAUUAUGCAUCUUGUCUGAUGGCGACUCUGACAGUGAUGGCGGCAUCUCGGCCUCUCAAGCAGCAUCCCGGCUCCAGGAUCGACUCCGGGCUGUGCGUUCCUUCAUCUUGUCUGACUCCAAGCUGUACAGUCAGAUUCUCCAGUACAAGCCUCUUGUUCUGUCUCAGCUUCAGGAGCAACUCAAGGCAGCUGGGAUACGCCUAGGUGCCGCCAAGCUAGCAGACUACCUGGACUCUCAGUGCAUCACCUUCACCACAGCCAAGCCUGGCCACUCCGCACCGAGCCGCAGGCGGGUCAAAAGGACAGGCAAGGGGGGCAAAAGCAGGUGAUAGGGGAGCAAGCCAGGAAAAGGCAUUACAGUCACACUUUUAAACUGGCUGCAAGAAUGGUUUUUAAUGUACAAACUGAAAGAUGGCAGAUUUUAUUUCCGUGCUUGGAACAUUUGUCUGAAAACUGCCGCAAGAAAAUAUAAAUUACGAAGAGUUAUAGACUUUAUUUCCAUGCAACCAAAAUCCUCAGUAAAAACAGGUUUAAAAGGAUGUAAAUAUUAACACGGCUUCUUUGGGAGUGGUUGUAUUUUAAGUGUUUUUUUUUUCUAGAUGUUGCAAUUAUUAAGAAAAUAAAUCAGAUGAAUGAUG